GAAAGCCUAGUUGGAUUUUGGAUUCGUUGGAUGUUGGAUUCCAAGUUCUGCGACUCGGUCGGUUCGGUCGGUUCGGCAAUUUUUUAUAAAGGAAACCUCUAGAAGUGUUGUGGUUUCCUUUCUCCAAGUACCUCUUCGUCAUCGUCGUAAUUUUCACGAUUUUUAGAUUAGCUAAGUCUUAUCAGUGUUUUGAAUAAUCAGUUCUUUGCAGACGAAUUCAUUUGAUACUUUUUCGCUUCUUUGGGCGUAAUUUGAGUGGUAACCGGAGACGGAGUAGAUCCCUGAUAAAGAUGGCGAGCGUUGAGGCCGAGAAACGACUCCGAAGGUUCUCCUUUCGCGAUGAUGAAAUCAAACUGCAAGUAUUGAAUAGUCCUUUUGUUGCGAAAUCAGAAAUCGAUGUUAUCAACAUACUGGGUCAAGCAAUGAAUAUGCCACUCCAAGAGUUCAAAGAUGAGCAGGAGGAAAAGCUCCUUGAUGGAAAAAUUUGUAUGUUUUCAAGUAAGAAUCAAAACGCCUUGCGGAAGAUAACAAAACAGAUGAGAACUUAUCGCUUCCAGUUGAUUCCCCUGGUACUGGUGGUAAAAAAGAUGGCUCGAAGUUUUUUCGAAACGUUACUUAUAAAAGUCCACUGUUCUCCCAAUGAAUAUUCGUAUGUCGAUGUCGCUGGAAGAAUUUACGAUAGCUUCAACAAAUUUCUGGACGAAAACAAGUUCCCGCGUGGGACUCUGUUCUACCCGGAGCGUGGAAAUUUGAGCCUCAAUAUACAUAACAAACUACGAAUCGAGCGCUAUGCAGUGGGAGCAUCAAACGCUGAUAAACAGGAUAUGGAUGCAUUUGUUGGACUGCUCGGUAUCACGGGAUCAAUUGGGUGUAUAUUCGCGACCGGCGGAAUGGCCAUACCUUUCGCGUUGGUGACCGGCAUAUCCGCCCUGUACGCAACGAAACGAGGAAUCGAAAAUUUGGUGGAUGCCGAUCAGCACGGCAUAUCGGUGAAUCCGUUUGAGAAUGCCGAAGCGCGCAAUAACUGGUUCAUGAUAUCGGCCAAUUUACUGACGUUUGCAUCCAUUGGUGCAGCAGCUAGGCUUGCGAUGGCCUCAAAAAUGAAAAGCAUCAAUCCUUCGCAGUUGCAACGCAUCCUGCUAGCCAAACGAGUCAUCAAUGGAGUAAACGCAGGAGUCAAUGGUUUGAUGGUCAUCGAUACGGUAAUCUAUACCGUGAUCAACUGGACGCGGCUGACCAUCCAGGAGAAGGUAACUUUGGCCUGCGCUAUGUGCUUCAACGCCAGGGAGGUAAUCAACUUUACCAAUGCAGAACGAUUGAUUCGAGGUAAACAAGUCGAUGGCAUAUGUAAGUUCUUCAAGGGAUGUUCGGACUCGGCCGUUAAGGCCGUGACUGUCGGGUCAGGGUUUGUUACGAACGUCAAGAAGUUCCUCGGCGAUAAUGAAAUUUACGUACCAACAAUUUUACAGAUGAUCAGAACGUUUGUGGAGAACCAUUUUGAAGUUUCUGUGAGCGAUGACUUUGUGCACAUCAGACUGUUCGGGUUUGAGUACAAAAUGCGAAAUAUCAUUAGUAUGAAGGAAGGCCAAGUGCGUAAAUUUUUGUAUAUGAUUCAGGGCAUAGCCCAGAGUUUUAAAGAAACUUUUGCUUUGUUGAGACAAAUGUUUGGCGAUGAACCGAUCGCCAAUAUCGUCUUUAAGCGGGCUGAAGAAACCGGAGGUCAAGUUGCCGAUUUCGGCAAAGCGAUCAAUCAGCUGAUCGAGAUAUAUAGGACCGUUCGCAAAAUCGUCGACGAUUUCAGUAUUUUGACCGAUACUGAACUACAAAUCGGCGCAGGACACCGUUUUACAAUUGGUUCUGCGUAUAAGACAUUCGUUUCCAAUGGUGUAGGAAAAGGGAUACCCCUUCUUCGAGCGCUUUGUGCAAUGAAUCGAAGAGAAAUAGAAAGCAUGAACAGCCUUCGCAAACGUUCGGGAAAUAUGGAAGAUAUGAUAUUUGAUUUCGUGACGCAUCAAACCCGUGAAAGCGAAGAUAUGCUUUCCAAGAUACGCUUCUUGCUGGAUGUAUCAGAAGUCUGUACGGAAAAGUCAUUCCGCUUUGAACUGAAACCAGUGGAUCAGACCGUCGAAAUUGAAUCAAUCGUUUGCAUCACCGCUGAUGUAUUCUAUCAUGCGGUGUACCGAGACUUAUUGAUUGACCCCGAAAUCUUGCGGGUUUUUGAAUCUGUUUUGGGAACUCAUCGUGAAUUCAUCGAAACCGUAUGGAGGGGCACGUGCAGCCGUCCAGAUUGUGAAGACAAAUCAUUCGAAAAACUAGAGUCACUUAAAGUGUCGUUUCAGUACCGUUCAAAAACUACUAUUGAAAACGUGAUCUCCUACGUUUCAAAAAUGGAAUGCCCGGAUUUCUCGAGAUUUGUCGCUCACUCACUGUUUGCCCUGGAAAAUUUGGACGUUUUGAUGCGUGAUAUGAAUCUAACUGAAACGGAGGCAAAUCGCUGUCUGUUUGAGGAUUUUGCACCACUCCAGUCUCGCUUUCUGGAGCUGACUACGAAGGCAAAAGAGCACUCACUCGAUGGCUAUCAUAAUGUAGAUGAUGGCCUGUUGGAAGCUGAACCCGGAAGGCUGAUCGAAGCUAUUAAACACUUGGCGUCGCAAGAAGUGCUUCGUUUCGGAACGGUUGAGAAUGCAGCUCUGCUCCUCAGCCAGUACCCGAUGCUUCGGAUUGGAUCGGAAAUCCGGACGUUCAACCGGUUCAUUGCUAAGAAGAAGUUCGAGCGGGAAGAUGUCGUGAAUGUUCCCGCUGGCAAGCGAUUGCUAUUUCUAAGCAAUGAUCAGCUGAAGAUCUUGCUGGGAUUUGUACAAGGUGUGGGAGUCUACAUUGAUACGAUCGUAUUUACAAAAUAGGUCAUAAACUAUUAGGACGUGCACCGAAUGAACACAAUGACGUUUGAGGAUAGGGAUAGUUCUCCCGGAAAACAAAUAUUUUUUUAAGACUUCAUUAAAAAAAAAUUCAGAAAGAUUGCAAAUUCAUUCUUUAUGAUCGAAUACUUAAUUUGCAUAAUUGGUUUGCCGUUUUUUUUAACAGAAAGUACACCCAAUUCUUUUUUACACGGGUGAGUUUUAGUCGAUUAAGAAAGACGUUUAGCGUUAAUGAAACUUUGAGUUAAUCCCAUGAAAAAAAAUCACAAAAAGUCAAAGAAAAUUCAGGUGGUAUUUUAAAAGCUAUCAAAGAUCAGGUUAACUGGAAACGUGGUAAUAUAGGAGAGUCAUUGCUAUGUUUCAAUUCUGGGAUCGUCACGAAAACAGGUCAAGAAGUAUGGGCCAAAAACUCAGCCAUUUUUUAAGCGGAUUCUGGAGAUUUUGUUAUUAAUUGAUUAAUAAACUCUAUGAUUUUAUACAACUAUUGCAAACAUUUGAUUCAAUGCAUUUAACUGUUGAAAAAUUCCUUUUUUUCCAGGCAGUUUGAAAAUUUUAACUUUACAGGGAAAUAAAAAAAAAUACAAAAAUAAAUCGACUUACGAUGUCACAGAGAAUUGCUCACAAUUUGCACAGCUUCAUUGGGAACAUCCAUUAAUAACGUAACGCUUAGAGUGGAAGGGGGGGUUUCCCGGAGUGUGACGACCAAAACAAAAUUUUCAGCUGAUUCAUACAAAAACUGUGACAUAGGAGAGAGGGGGUAUUGAAAGUUGCUAAUUUUUACGUUACGUAAUUAAUGGAUCUUCCCAUCUUUUGUCGGGAUAAAACUUGAAAAAAUUUCAUAACGUUUUUCAAAAAUUUCUUUGUGAUAUAAAAUAUUAUGAAUAAUGUUAAACUAACAAAAAAAAGUCCAAGUGGUACUUGAAUACAUUAAAAUUUCACUUUACUCACGUAUGAAAAAAGGAUUGUAAUCAGUGCCUUCAAUAAUAUAUUAUUCAAUCAAUACUUAUCAAUAUAACCAAUACAAUUGUAUGACAUAUGUUUUUCUGCGCUUAGAUGUAAGUGCCUUAAUGGUUAGCGAUUAAGCAUUUCCGGCUUGGUACCUAUUCUAGCACAAGAUCAAAAAUGAAAAGCAAUAUUAUGUUACCCAAAUUCAAGUGAAUCCUUUGAGCUUACUCGAGAGUUCACUGUGAAGCAAUAAUAUUAAAAUUGCUCAAGAAAUUGCUGUUAUAAACGAGUAUGCUGAUACACGAUACAAAACCUGCCGGGAAUACUUUUCCAUGCUAUAUAUUAUUAUAUUAUCAUAUCAAUAACAACCAAUAUAAGCAAUAACAAUAAAUAAAAAAAAAAGUGAUUUUAUUUGUAGUUGAAAAUAUCCAGGAGUAUUAGUUAUGUUUUGAAUAUAAAAAUCAUUUUCAAAUUAAUUAAAUUAUUUUCAAAAUUAUAAUAAGCAUGAUUGAAAAUGGUUAGAAAAAAGUAUCUAUUUUAGGUAAUUUUCACUCAAAUAGAAGAAUCCAAAAUUAAGUAAAUUUUCUGAAAAGUAUGAUUUAUUCAAUAUUAAGUAAAAUAUACUUAAUUACGAGUAGAAACUGAUCAUAAGUUAGGAAAAUUUAACUUUUGUAAACAUGAGAUUACAUAACAUUGGCUUCCCACUCUUUAAUAGACCAGUGCAUGAUGACGUAGGUUGACAGUUCACAGAGCUUUUUCACCGGGACUUAGCCUUUGGCGAAGCUUCCGAUAAAAAUGUUUCGUCAUUUUAUUCGCAUGUAGAUGUCCUUUGCGAUUGAUUUCAUGCUGAAUGCAAAGAAUAUCAUUGAAAUAUUCGGAUCGCAGCAAUUUUAAACUAAAAAUAUGAAUUUUAAUUUUCUCCUCAUCGAUUUUUCUUCUAACACCUUGUAAACAAGCUCUGUGAACUGUCAAAUAAGUGAGGUUAGAUCAAGAUCUUGCAUUGGUCUAUACCCUUGUUGGGUAGCUUUGCCCGUCUUAUGACAAAAAAAAGGAAAAUGGAAGUACUUUUUUCUAACUGUGAGUGAUCGUUCGCCAAUUGGGACACGAUUUUACCCCGAUUAUGGAACGCCGUUGGCCAAUUGAGGCGUUUUGACAACCGUCAAUGUUGUUCACUCUAUGAAUUGCUUAAAGACAAAUUUUACACGCCACGUUUGAACGAUCCCGCGAAAACGAAACGCCAACACGGUUCUGACAUCAAAUGUUGACGUUUGGCUACUUUUUAAUUGGGUUUUACCCCAAUUAGCGAUCCCCCGACAAGAAAGCGUCCCAACUAAAAAAAAAAAAAUAGCGAACGUUUACUGUAUUUGGCCGUCAAAAAUAUGACAAUGCGACUGUUAUUUUUAUAAUUUUUUGAUCUAUAUUUUUCUGGUUAGGAAAAAAUGUAAACAUUCAUUUCUAUAAACUUAUAGUGACCUAAA